CUCACUGUCAGAAACAGUCCGAUAGCAUGUUAAUUGUUUUCUUCUUCUUAUAUGUAACGAACUAGAUGAACGACAUUCGUUCAUUCAGUUUAGUGAGUCGUUCGAUUGAACUUAUUCCGAACGAUUCGAUACAACGUGUGCAGAAAAAUAAAGCACCGCACUUCCCCCCAACAAACACACACUCAGCCUUUUGCUACUCCCGCAAGAAACCACAGCACAAGCCAAGAUGUUCAUUUGGGACUGGUUCACGGGUGUUCUCGGAUACUUAGGUCUAUGGAAAAAGUCCGGCAAACUAUUGUUCCUUGGCUUGGAUAAUGCUGGUAAGACUACAUUAUUGCAUAUGCUCAAAGAUGAUAAGCUGGCGCAGCAUGUGCCAACACUGCAUCCAACAUCCGAGGAGCUGUCCAUCGGCAAUAUGCGUUUCACUACAUUCGACUUGGGUGGACACACUCAGGCACGUCGUGUUUGGAAGGAUUACUUCCCAGCUGUAGAUGCCAUCGUAUUUUUGAUAGACGCCUGGGAUCGCGGCCGCUUCCAGGAGAGCAAAAACGAGCUGGAUUCGCUGCUCACAGAUGAAGCGCUCUCCAACUGCCCCGUGCUCAUAUUGGGCAACAAAAUUGAUAAGCCUGGCGCGGCCAGCGAGGAUGAGCUGAGAAAUGUGUUCGGACUGUAUCAGUUAACGACCGGCAAGGGCAAAGUUGCACGCUCCGAAUUGCCUGGUCGCCCGUUGGAAUUGUUUAUGUGCUCCGUGCUGAAGCGACAGGGCUAUGGCGAGGGUUUCCGUUGGUUAGCGCAGUAUAUUGAUUAAGUCAUGAUUAACAUAAACAACAAAGUAACAAACAGAAUUCAACAACCACACAACAAAGCAAAGAACUUGGCUAACAACAAAAAAAUAUAUUUAGAAUGGACAAACAGAAACGACAGUAAGCAAAUCGAAGCUGCGAGCGCAAUUUCCAAUUUAUACACAAUGAUAAACAAUAAAUCGUAAAACAAAACAAAAGGAACUAAAUUAAAAAAUAAAGCAAAAAAAUAUUUUUUAAAAAACAAA